GGGGGUCACCGGGAGGAUGCUGCUGGCCCUGCCGGCCUGCGCCCCCGAGCUCAUCCGCGUCUGUUGCUGCUGCUCCAGCUCCAGGAACGACAGCGGCCCCAAUGUUUGACGGAGCGGGAGGUGCUGCUCAGGAGAGGCCGAGUGCCACCCUUCUCCCUGGGAGAGAUCCGGGGCAUUGACAGCUGCCCAUCUGAGAGACUGGAAGUACUGGCGUGCCUGAGACAGCCACGACAGCAGCACAUGGAGGUGAUGAAGGUUUUUAAUGAUCCUAUCCAUGGGCACAUUGAAUUUCAUCCCCUGCUGAUUCGGAUCAUUGACACCCCCCAAUUCCAGCGCCUCCGGUACAUCAAGCAGCUGGGUGGCACCUACUUUGUUUUUCCAGGAGCCUCUCACAACCGCUUUGAACACUCCCUAGGGGUUGGCCACCUUGCAGGAUGUCUGGUUCGUACACUGAAGGACAGACAGCCAGACCUGGGUAUAACCCAGCGAGACAUCCUCUGUGUAGAAAUUGCUGGGCUUUGUCACGAUUUAGGUCAUGGGCCAUUUUCACAUAUGUUUGAUGGAAGAUUUAUUCCACUCACUCGUCCAGAUUUGAAGUGGAAGCAUGAAACUGCUUCUGUUCAAAUGUUUGAGCAUUUGAUCACUUCCAAUAAACUAGAAGAAGUCAUGAGGUCGUAUGGUCUUGUCCUGGAAGAAGAUAUGUUGUUCAUCAAGGAACAAAUAGGAGGGCCUAUAGAUGAAACUGCCUGUGUGAAAUCGUGGCCCUACCGUGGUCGACCAAAGGAGAAAAGUUUCCUCUAUGAGAUUGUAGCUAAUAAAAAAAAUGGCAUUGAUGUUGACAAGUGGGAUUAUUUUGCAAGGGAUUGCCAUCACCUGGGAAUCUCAAAUAAUUUUGACUAUAAGCGAUUGCUUGUCUUCACUCGGGUCUGUGAAGUGGAAAACCAGAAGCACAUCUGUACCCGUGACAAGGAAGUUGGGAAUUUGUACGAGAUGUUCCACACCCGGAAUUGCCUGCACCGGAGAGCAUACCAGCAUAAGACUGGCAACAUCAUUGAAAUAAUGAUAACAGAAGCCUUUCAGAAAGCAGACAGAUUUUUUGAAAUAAAAGGCUCUGGAGGAAAAGUGUAUCGGAUUUCUACAGCAAUGGAAGACAUGGAAGCCUACGCUAAACUAACUGACUGUAUCUACCUGGGAAUUCUGCACUCAAGUGAUGAAAAUCUGAAGGAGGCACGAGAAAUUUUGCAUAGAGUGGAACGACGUGAAUUAUACAAAUUUUUAGGAGAGACUCGACCUAAAUCAAAGAAGGAAAUUGUAAAGAGUAAUAGCCUGGCAGAAAGCAUUGCAAAUUCCAAGCCAAAGAAGGACCCUCCAGACGUGGAGCUAAAGGCUGAGAAUUUCAUAGUUGAUGUUGUCAGCAUGGAUUAUGGAAUGAAGGAGCAGAAUCCAAUUGAUAAUGUUCACUUCUAUUGCAAGGCUGAUCCUUCCAAGGCAGUCAAAAUCACUCAAGAACAGGUUUCAAGCCUUUUACCCAGAACAUUUAUGGAGCAAGUUGUCCGGGUUUAUUACAAAAGUCAGGAUCCACUUAUUAUUUCAGCUGCAAAACAGUACUUUGUUCAGUGGUGUAUGCAGAAUGAUUUCACCAAACCACAGGAUGGUGAUGUUGUUGCUCCUCAUCUAAUUCCAAUGGAGGAAGCCUGGAAUAACAUGACAUCUGAGCACAGGAGAGCAUCAGAACCCGGCUGCAAACAAAGGCUUUCUUUUGAUGAGUAACAGGUUUCUUUUUGGCACUAUUCAGUCUGCUUCCUCAGAAGAUGAGUAAAUUUGAGCAUCAACUCUUGUAAAAGCUGGUUGGACGGACUGGAGGAAUUCACAGAAAAAUGCAGAAUGCAUUUUGCAGCACAGAAUGUUUUACUGUAGAUACUUAAAGUGCAUAUUCCAGAUGGACUUCUAAAAAACAACGUUACAACAGAGUAAACUCAGUUCUCAUUUAGUUUUGAAUGUAUUGGCACUGUGUAGCAAGAGCAACUUUAAAAAUGGCAAUUCACUGUUUGACAAGAUUUCACUACUCCGUCCAGUCCCGAUGCCUUCCGUAGCUGGGCUAUUGCAUGACUUGGCAGAAAAAAUCCUGACCAGGUUUGAUGGGGUUUUCUUAGUGUCUAAGAAAGAGAGGGAUAAGUAUGCUUCUGAAAAUGCAGUGGGGUAAAGAAGAAAUUGCCAAGGGUAGCAUCUUCAAAAUUAGAAAAAUUAAUUUCAUUAAAAAAAAAAAAAAAAAACGAAGGGAGAGGAGAGUAUUUUGGUAAUCAAGGGUUAUUUUUCUUCUAUUCAAAAAGCUGGUGCAGGUCUCUUGCUACAAGUGACCAUAAUUUUUAUUGAAGUAACAAUGCAUUGCAGUGCCAUGCAGCUUUUUAUUGUCUUUAUUAUGUAUUUUUGAUACAUGGAAUGUUAUCUUUUUUACUGUCUGUCCUGCAAAGACUGCUCAAAAGGCCUGUGGUGUGAGUGGUUGCAGGAAGGCUGAGCUGCCCAGGUGUUUGCCAGGGCUCAGGUGUGCAGAGAGGGCAGUGCCAGCAGGGUUCUGCCCAUCCUGCCCCAGGUGCACCUUGGCUCUGCUUUACACUGCACUGGGCAGAUAAACUCAUCAGGAAUCCCUCCAUUCUUGUAGCCCUGCCCUGUUCUCCUGGAUCUCAUGGCCAUCCCUAUGUCAUUUUUCAUCUUGUAGAUCUGUGAGGGUUCUUACAGUUUUCCUCUGCUGGCAGUACUGGUGUGAGUGUUCUGAAUGUCUGUGCUGUUGAACAAGUCACUGAGGAAGACCAUUUUCCUCCCAUCUUUUACUCAGGUCUAAGAGGAAGGCUGCUGUCAUUAAAUAAAACCUCAAAGCUCGAGAGAGUCUGGACACAAAAAACAUGCAGUAAAAGGUUCAGUAAUGCUCAGGAAUUGGAGCAGUCUAUGGCCUUAUAUCUGGAAUGGGGAGAGGGGUGUUGGGCACAUGGCUCAGGCAGUCAGGUGUGGGUGGCCAGGGUAGUCCUGAAAAAUAACCCAGUGGGAAGGUGCUGUGAGAGAAUCCUGAACUUCUGUCAUGCCUCCUUUGCCCUUUAUAUCCUGGGGACUGAUGCUGCUAGACAGAGGGAGGGAAAAUGAGUAUCCAUGUAUUUCUGCUGCUUAUGGAUCUGUUGUACUCGUGUCUGAAGUGUAACCUCUGGUGUUCCUGUCUAACAGCAUUUCAGGUGAACCAGGUAACUGGUUAGAAGGGCUUGUGACCUCUUUAAAAGCUUUUAAAAAACUUACUAUUCCUCAACAAACAAUAUCUUGGAGCAAAGGCAUUUAAGAUUAAGAAGAUCAAGUAUCGUUUUGAUAUAAUUUUGUUCUCGUUGAUUUGAUUUAUUUUUAAUUUGUUACUAACUGUGCACUUUAUACUUGGGAAAGAUCUUUUGCUUAUGUUAAACCAAAAGUUUAUACUUAAUGUUAAGUUCUGAGAGCAUUUUUUUUUUCAACAUGUUUAUCUGAGCCUCUC